AGGGAAGUCCUUCGAGCCUCCCGCCACGCUGGAGGAGGCCAAGCCCAGCAGAAGGCAGUCCGUGAUGGCCAGAGCAAAGGCAGACCCCAAGUUUGGGGAGAUCUUCCGCUUCGACAUCCCAGUGCUGAUGUGGGACCAGCACUUCACCCCGGAGACCUGGGAGAGGCUGAAGGCGAGACACGUCCCCUACGGCUGGCAAGGCUUGUCCCACGCAGCGGUGGGCAGCACCCUCCGGCUCCUCAACACCUCGGCCAACCGACGCCUCUUCGACAGGGACGCCUUCCCCGCCAGCUGCAUCCGCUGUGCCGUGGUGGGCAACGGCGGCAUCCUCAACGGCUCGCGGCAAGGCAAGGCCAUCGACGCUCACGACCUGGUCUUCAGGCUCAACGGCGCCGUCAUCAAAGGCUUCGAGGAGGACGUCGGCACCAAGAUCUCCUUCUACGGCUUCACGGUGAACACCAUGAAGAACUCCCUCAUCGCCUACGAAGAGUAUGGCUUCACUCAGAUACCCCAGGCCAAGGACUUGAGGUACAUCUUCAUCCCCUCAGACAUCCGCGACUACGUCAUGCUCAAGUCGGCCAUCCAGGGCAGCCCGGUCCCCGAGGGCUCGGACAAGGGGGAUGAGCCACGGAAGUAUUUCGGGCUGGAGGCAUCUGCAGAGAAGUUCAAGCUGCUGAAUCCCGAUUUCCUGCAGUACCUGACAGCGAG